AUGACAUUGGUAUCGCUAGGUAGUGGGGAUCGUGUUGAGGUGACAGAGGCUUUCACCAUCGCCGACUUUCCGAUGCGAGUAGUGGAAACCAUCGGAGAACCAGCAACGCGCUGGCCACACCUGAAAGAUUUACGUUUCGAAGAAGCCGACUCUGCCGAAGUCGAUUUGCUGGUAGGAUGUGACGUGCCAGAAGCCCAAUGGGUGCUGGACCAGAGACUAGGCAGCAGGAAAGAACCCUACGCCACUCGCAACGUUUUCUGGUGGACAUCAUUUGGACCGCCUCAAUCGGCCAACCACGAACCAUUGUCAAUUAACUUUACCACAACCACCACCGCUGGCGACGAUACGAUCGAACAAACCCUACAUCGGAUUUACGACAAUGAGGUCAACGACUUCAGCGACCGGAAAGUUGGCCCCUCUAUAGAACAUAACCAGGCAUCAGCUAUAGUCGAAAUGGGGAGACGCUGUCAGCCCAAUAGAUUUGAGGUGCCUUUAUCAUGGAGGAUAUAA